AGCUACGUGAUAUAGUAAAUCUUACAUCAAUAAAUAGUUUUAUUGAAGAUGAAGAAACAAAUGAAAGUAUUAAUAUAGAUGAUAAUCAAAAUUCUUCAACUCGCACUAAUUUAAUAUUGGAAGAUAUUAUAAACUUAAAAGAUCCAAUUUUUCAAGAAAAAGAUGAUCUUGUUGAUUCUAUUUUGGAUGAUGAAUUGGAUUAUUAG